CAUUUGUAGCUGUCAAAGAGUUAGAGUGACAUUUGUAAAUUUUGCUGUGUUGUGUUCAUACAUUUUUUUUACACGAUAUAGCCCAAUUGAAAUAAAUUUUCUUCAAAUUCUCGGCUUAUAUAUACAACCAUUAGCAGCAGAAUGGAUCGUUUGUUACGUUUAGGAGGUGCAAUACCGCAGGCGCCGCCACCAACAGACGCUCCGGUAGUGGAUACUGCCGAGCAAGUAUACAUUUCGUCUUUGGCAUUGUUAAAAAUGUUAAAACAUGGGCGAGCUGGCGUACCAAUGGAAGUUAUGGGCUUAAUGUUAGGCGAAUUCGUAGAUGAUUACACAGUACAAGUCAUCGAUGUAUUUGCAAUGCCACAAACAGGUACUGGCGUUUCGGUUGAAGCUGUUGAUCCCGUGUUUCAAGCCAAAAUGUUGGAUAUGUUAAAACAAACUGGUCGUCCGGAAAUGGUGGUUGGCUGGUACCACUCACAUCCUGGUUUCGGAUGUUGGUUGUCCGGUGUUGAUAUUAACACACAGCAGUCUUUCGAAGCAUUGUCAGAGCGUGCUGUUGCUGUUGUCGUUGAUCCUAUACAGUCGGUGAAAGGUAAAGUAGUUAUCGAUGCCUUCCGUCUCAUCAACCCGAAUAUGCUUGUUCUGGGCCAAGAGCCUCGUCAGACAACUUCAAAUUUAGGACAUCUGCAGAAACCUUCAGUGCAAGCCUUAAUACAUGGGCUGAAUCGGCAUUAUUACUCGAUUAGUAUUAAUUAUCGUAAAAAUGAGUUGGAACAAAAGAUGCUUCUAAAUCUGCACAAAAAAUCCUGGAAAGAUGGUCUCACAUUAGCUGAUUACAAUGAACAUUGUGCGAUCAACGAGAGCACCGUGCAGGAAAUGCUCGAAUUAGCCAAGAAUUAUAACAAGUCCCUCGAAGAUGAGGAAAAAAUGACACCAGAGCAACUGGCCAUAAAAAACGUGGGUAAGCAAGACCCUAAACGACAUCUAGAGGAAAAAGUUGACAAAGUUAUGCAAAAUAACAUUGUGCAAUGUCUAGGAGCGAUGCUCGAUUCGAUUGUAUUUAAGUGAGCCAGUUUAUUCAUUUUGCAUUUGACUAGCAUUAUUCACAACAGGAUAAAACGAAAAGCUAAACUAAGUUGUUCACUGAACUAAACAUUAAUAAAUUUUUAAAAACAACAAAUCGUAAAUGAAAUACAA